GACAUUUGCUCCACCCAAAUAGGAUAUGCUUGCGGAGCCUAUGAGGGGCUGAAACUAUUCAACCUGAAUCACAACUUUUUCCCUGAUCGGGGGUAAAGUCCUGUGCGUGUCUAUGAAAUCACAUGGCAUUUUAAGAAUGCUUCAAAGAUGGCGGUUUGUGGUAACAGAGUGCAGAAAAGUGCAUGUUUGGAAGUGCUAGUACGGGAGCGAUGGCACGCGGUGCUGGCGAGUUUAAGCGACGAGUCACUGACGCUCAGCUGCGAGGAUCCCGCGACAGACACCAGCAUUAACCUCAACGGCAUCACCACCAACGGCUCCUACGACCAGCCGGACCCCACGAACAGUCCCAAAGCCGCAGUAUGGACUCCUUUCACGGACUCACAAGUUCCCGAAGCGAUUGCGAACCGUAAAAGAUGUGUCAAAGUUAUCAAGCAGGAGGUCGGUGGAUUAGGGAUAAGCAUCAAAGGCGGGAAGGAGAACAAGAUGCCUAUUCUAAUUAGUAAGAUAUUCAAGGGUCUGGCUGCGGAUCAGACUCAAGCGCUCUAUGUGGGGGACGCGAUACUGUCCGUGAACGGGAUCAAUCUGCGGGACGCCACGCACGACGAGGCGGUACAGGUGCUGAAGAAAGCAGGCAGAGAAGUUAUGCUGGAAGUGAAAUACAUGCGGGAAGCAACGCCAUAUGUGAAAAAAGGCUCACCGGUGUCUGAGAUUGGCUGGGAGACCCCGCCUCCUGAGUCCCCUCGUCUCGGCAGUCCUCACUUCGAUAUUCCUAGCCCCCCCUCACUGUCCUUACAGGGCGACCGAAGAUACAUCCCCCUCAAAAUGUGCUACAUCACCCGCAGUAUGACUGUCCCUGACCCAGAAAACAGGCAGAUGGAGCUUCACUCCUCUGAUGCUAAGCACACAAUAGUCAUGAGACAUACAGACACAGCCUCUGCCCAGACCUGGUUCACUCUCAUGCAAACUGCCAUCUCAAACCUCACCAGCAAAGUCAUCAGCGAACUCCGAGAACACGCAGGCCGCCACAGCAUCGCCGGGAGUCGAGAGAUCCGAUACCUCGGCUGGCUAGCGGAAAAGACGGAAAGUGAAAGACAGCGCUGGAAGCCGGUGCUCGUUAUGUUGACGGAGAAAGACCUGCUGCUGUUUGAUAGCAUGCCACGAAUGAGAGAACACUGGCUCAGCCCGACACACACCUACCCUCUGCUCGCUACACGGCUGGUGCAUUCUGGUCCAGAUAAGGGUUCACCGCAGCCUGGUGGAGAGUUGUGCUUUGCUACACGAACGGGAACCAGAUUGGGUAUCGAAGCCCACCUCUUCAGAGCAGAGACGAGCAAGAACCUAUCACUCUGGACCAGACACAUAGUUACUGGCUGCCACGCAUCUGCCGAGAUGAUCAAAGAAGUCACUACCAGUGAGUAUGGAUCCUACUUCUUGCUUCUUUCUCACGUCUUAUGACCUACUCACAGCUAG